AUGACUUCUUUCGAGGGUGACACUGGCCCCUACCUGCAGUACGCCCACGCUCGUUUGUGCUCCAUCGUCCGCAAGUCCGGAUUGAACAUCGACGAGCUUGACUCCGCCAACUUGGACCUUCUGACCGAGCGCCACGCCCACGACCUUGCACGCUUGCUGGCCCAAUGGCCCGAUACCCUGCUGAAUACCACCCGCACCCUGGAACCCACCACCGUUCUCACCUACCUUUUCCGCAUGACCCACAUCCUUAGCUCCAGUUACGACGUGCUCAAGGUGGUGGGUAGCGAGCCCGAGGUCAAGAAGGCUCGCAUGGCUCUCUACGAGUCUGCCCGACAGGUUCUGCACAACGGAAUGCGGGUGUUGGGUCUCAGCCCCGUUCAGCGGAUGUAA